UCUUUUCUAUCUUGUUUUAACGAUUUAUUGAUUAUAUGUUUAUAUGUUUGGAGUUUGAUUAAUUGAUUUUGUUAGGGAUUGGUUUGCUUUCGUGGUUGUUGUUGUUGUUGUUGUCGUUUUCGUGACGGAUUAAUACGUUUGUAGAUGGUGUUGCAUUGCCGUGCUAGUUUAUCAAUUGUAUAACUUUCAGUUAGAUUUCUUUGAAUUGAUUGCAGGAUUAACGUUUUGUGGUUGGAAAUGUUAUUGGUUGGAAUUCAAGUAGCACACAAUUAUAAGGUGGCUGAUGUUUGUUGGUGAUUGUCUUGUUUGUUCAAGGAAUUAAUGGUAGUGUCGAGAUUUAGGGAGCGUUUGGUUCACCUGUUUUUCUUGAAGUUAUUUGGAAUAAUGUGAACUUGGUAGACUUGAAACUUACUUUCUCUUCAAAAAAGUUAAAAUAAAAUUGGAACUUACUUUUUUAAAUUGAAGAGAAGCACCCCUUAAGAUUACAUGAACAUGUACUGUAAAAUGUAAAUAUACUCAUCUUGUCAUCAAUGAUGUGUCCUAAAAUAGAGAAGGGAUGUAGAGACAGACAAAUAAAAGGGAGGAAACUAGAGUUUCUUUUUCUAGGAAUAGGAAGGAUUUGAAAAGAAUGGGAAGGAAUAGAAAGGAACUUAUGCUAUUAGCUUUCUUUUCAUCCAAAUUCAGCCGAUCUUGGAUGAAAAUUGCAAGUGACAGUUCUAUAAAGGGAGGCUUGCAUGAAGAAAAGUUGCUUAUUCCAUUCCUUUCUUUUCUUUCCAUCUAGUUUCUUUGAACUUAGCAAGUUGUUAAUGUAUCUUUAGCAUGCUUGACUGUGAAAUCUAUGAGAAAUGAUCUAAUCUAGGCAUCUAGAUGCUCUAAGGUCAUUGGUUGGCAUAGGUUUCCUUUUCCUACAGGCAUUUCAAAGGCUCUCCUUGUAACAAAGUUGUGGGAGGUGCACUGAGAUCUUUUGUGGUGACAAUGGGAAGUUAGUGGCUUUAAAGUAGAAAAGUUAUAAUUAGAGGGAGUCUAUGAGGUUUAAAGCUAUAAUAUAAAUAGAGAUAGGGUUUUGAGCCCAAGUUUGAAAGGAAUUAAGGGGUACAGAGACAAUUAUCUGGCAGGCCGUGCACACAUUGAAGAAAAUUGACAACCAUGAAGAAUCUUUCUGAGAUUAGGAAGUUGAAUCCAGCAGAGUUUAGAGGGCUUUUUCGAGUGCAGUUCAGGAUUUAUAUGAGAAAUAAGUAGUAAUGUAAAUACUGUAAUUCAUGUUUCUUAUUCCCGCUUUUAUACUUUCUUUGUUAGUUUUUUCCAAUGAACUUUGGCUACUUUUCUUAAUUUUUGGUUGGGACAAUAGUGGUGGUUCCCCAUAAUUAAUUUUAGUACGGGACAAUCUUUUGGGGACAUCCCAAAAGGAAAUUGGGUAAACUAAAGGUCAUGUAGGGAGUACCUAAUAUUGAAACUGAUCAAGUAUAGCACUGUUUGGUAUCUCUUAAUAAGCCUUUUUGGGGUGUUAUGUGUAAGAGGUAUAUGAACAAGGAAAUAUAGGAUAAGAUUGUCUUGGCUAUAUAUUAAUGGAUGGGAGAAGCAUUUUUCCAUAGUAGUCUUGAAGGGCUAGUAUUAGUCUUGUCAUUGGCAUUAGAAAUUUAGCUAGUUUCCUAAAUACUUUUCCCAAAGACAUAAUACUUCAUUACGAACUUGAGAUUUUGAUUGUGGUAGUUUCCGGCGGGACCUUUUGUUUUAGGAGUACCAGGGUUAUGUUGGAUCAAUCAAGCAUGUUUGACAUUUCUUUUUUGAUCAAAACAAUAUACAUAGAGAUCUCUAUCAUGGCAUUGCACAUGGGUUUUCUUAUAUUUUAUGUAAAAUACCACCUUCAUUUCUAGAUAAUGGACGACAUUUGACUUUGAUGAUCAAAACUUUUGCUUUUGGUAUAUGCUUCUAUCAGAGAAUAAAAUAGAGGAACAAUAGAUUACAACUUAGUAUCUAUAAUUUCCUAAGAGGAGAAAGGAAGCCAAGACAACGCCUUCACUUUCUUUCUUCCUUUAUGUAACCUUCAUUUAUUACUGUUUUAUUCGGUGAUAGGAAAUUGAUAAGGUUUGAUCAAAAAAGUCAAAUGUGGUCUAUUGUUUUGAAACAAAUGAAAUACUAGCUUUGCUUUUGUUGGGUGAUGGAGUAAUAGCUUCAUACAAAAGCAAACUUGUUUUCAUUGGCUGGAGACAGUGGACCGAAAAGCCUCUAAGGAUGUCGCUUCAUCGUUGAAAGUAAACCUAUGGUUGUUAUAUUGUAUAGAUAGCGCUAUUAAGAAUUCCGUACAAUGGAUCCUAGGUUAGUGCACCAUGUACAAGAAUCUUGGGUUAUUAGUGACUAGUCCUUUUGGUCUGUAUCAUUCUUCUUUAUUGCUUCCGCUCUGACUAACAAGUAAAGCAGAGAAAUUGGCAAAGAUUGAUGGAGAAAUCGUGCUGAUCUAACAGUGAGUGUAGGGAGAAGCACAUAGAUUGCUCAACUCAUCAUCUGGAUGGUGUUUAUUGUCAAUCUCCAUUGGCAAUUCUAGUUCCAGAUCCAUGUCCAAUUUUGUAUGGUUACUUAAUUAAAAUUAGCUGUUGUAGGAAUUAUGGCACACAGGCCUCACACUGGCAAGUUUGUCUCACUUUUAACUUAACACUGAGGCAUUAAGGGUAUUUCAAUAUCAACAGCUAGGUAAGGUUAAUUUUGCCUUUUUUCUGCAUGUUGUGGAAAAAUAUGCAUGUGCAGCUUAUAUGAACUUACAUUUCUCAAUUUGUUAUGGAUCUGUAAAGGUUUGAAAUGUCACCAUGUGUUUUCUUUGUGUUUCCAGUACUUUUUGCAAACAUGGAAUGCCAGCCAGCAGGUGUUUCUGUGCUUUAUAGAUGUUGAAUAAGACUUCGUGUUCUCGAUAUGUUUUGAGAUUGUCAUAGUGUGUGCAACAUCAACUUCUUAGACCUAGUUUUUCUCUGGGUGGUAUGUAGCUAUUGUGCAGUUUAAUUUCUGCGGGUAAUGUUCAGUUACAAUCUGCUGAUGCUAAGUUCUGUUACAGUUUCGUACCCCACUUUUUUUGGCUGAAUAAUUUGUUUGGGGCAAAGUUUAUGUGCAAAAUAUUGGUAUUUCCUCUUCCUAGUGUUGGAUCAUUUCGUUUUGCUGAUGUUGCUACCACUCCAACAGAGUAGAGGCUGGGCAGGACGAGAAGGUUCUUUAUGGUGGGUCCCUUCCCUGUGGCAAGGCUAUACUAAAAUCUAUCAAGCCUUCUUUCUGCCAAAAUCAUGCCACGUCAACUAAGAGGCACAUCAGCAGUGCUCUGAAAAAGGGUGGUGUUUCUAAUACCUUAUCUACGAAGCUUGUUUCCAAGUUCCAUUUCCAUCUUGUGAUAAAAGAAUAUGUUCACCUGAUUCAAUCUAAGAGAAGAGCUAGUGCAAGCUGAAAUGUAGAUAGUAUUUCAGUAAAAAUGGCGGUACUUGAAUACCUUUAUCUCCACAUUCUAUCAGUAUCAGCAUUUCAACAGUAUGUUAGAUUGAUCAAGAUGCAUAACUUGGUCAGGAAAUACGGGGCUCGGCAGUCGGCACUGCUACACCAGAGAAGACUCGUACUGGCUGGAGUGGCUUGAAGGUACCUUUGAGCGAGCGUCUCCCCCAUGAUCGUGUAGCUUGGGCGUUCGCAAAAGAUGGUCAUUUUCAGUGAAGACGGCCUACAUGGUAGGCAAAUCUGGAAAUCUCGAUCUUUUUCAGCGAGCUUGGGUCACAAUCUGGGAUUUGCAAGUAUCUCCAAAGGUGCGAUAUUUUUUGUGGAAAAUUUGCUCCAACUCUCUGCCGGUUCGUGCCAUUUUAAAGCAUAGACAUAUUAUCUCAGAUGACACUUGCCCUUUGUGUUUAGAGGGGCCCGAAACUAUAUCACAUGCAUUGCUUCAUUGUUCGAAGGUGAGAGAAGUUUGGGAGAUGGCUGGCCUCACGAGCAAACUACCGAAUGGGGAUGGAGCGAGCUGGCUGGAUUCGUGGGAUGAGUGGCAAGAGGUGGAGAAGGAUUCUCUGGUGGCAUUGAGUUAUGUCGCAUACUACGUGUGGCAUAGGCGAAACAAGGUGGUCUUUGAAGAUUGGUGUCGGCCAAAUGAGCAAGUGGCAGCCCUUGCUAUGCGAGCUGUAGCAGACUUCAACGAGUACUCACAGCACAUUUAUGGUAGCGUGGCUAGGCAGAAUGCAAGGAGUUCGAAAGUGUGGCAGCCCCCUCCAGCAGGGUGUGUCAAAUUGAAUGUGGAUGCCUCGAUUGGUGAUGAUGGGUGGGUGGGUAUGGGUGUUGUUGCUCGUAAUGAUGUAGGAGAAGUUUUGUUUGCGGCUACUCGAAGGGUGAAGGCAUGGAGGCCGGUUGAAGUGGCGGAAGGGAAAGCUCUUUGUCUUGCAAUUAAGCUAGCUCGGAGUCAUGACUUGCAGAAUGUCAUUUUUGAGACAGAUUGUCUUACUAUCACAAACAGGUUGUCUAGAGGUGCACUCUUUUUUUUUCUGAUUUAGAUGUUGUGCUUGAGGAUGCUCUUUUCUUUAGUAGGGAUUUUUUUUUCCGUUAAGUGGUCUCAUGUGCUACGGGAUGGUAAUUAUGUUGCCCAUCACCUAGCUAGAUUUAUUCCUUUUGGUGUUGAACAACGUUGGAAACAUCAUUGUCCUGCGGAGGUGACCCCUUAUGUACUUAUGGACACUAUGUCCAUUGAUUAAUAUAUUGCACCUAUUGUUUUCCCCUCAAAAAAAAAAAAAAAAAAGUGGCUUGAAGGU